GCAUUUGUAUCGGUCCCCACCAGUCUCAGUGAUCUGCCAGCCGUCGCGAAGGUUGUGUGUGACGUUCUCUUACCUUCUCAUUAUUCUGUUACUUGCGUCGGCACGCGUCCGGGUUUCCUUUGAUAUUUUUUAUUUUUUAUUCAUUUCAAAUACGAUCUUUUCACUCCUUUUAAAUGCAAGUGUUUGCGACUUUCAUUCUAAAUGGGGUUUUGGUUGUUUGAUCUAUCACUCGGCAAUAUGUUUUUGUUCAAAUACGGAUAGAAAAAAAUGAUAAUAACACGUCCAAAAAAAUAUAGAUGAUAAUUAUUAUAACAAUCACACAAAAAAGGCCUUUACCCCCUGCCAACAGAUAGUGGCAUACAUCACCCUCUCCUUUUUUCACCUAUCGUAAGAUGGGCCAGUUAAGAGUUCCAAAGUGGCUACAGCAGAUAGUGGCUGUGACGGCGGUGGUGUGGUGCUUCGUGGACGCUUCCGCACAAACCGAGAGACAGGCUGAUGUUCCUGCCACAGAUAUCCUCGCUCGCUACCCUGGACAGGAUGAUUAUGUCAGU